AUGUCCUCCUGGCAAGACAUCUGCCACUUCAAGCGCGAGCUUCAAGCCGGCAACAUCCCGUUCACCUGGCGUCUGAACCCACUACCUACAGAUUACAAAUCAUCCAUUCCAAUUGUCGAAUCUUGUGGUAUUCUGAGUGGUCAAGAACUGGAAAUCACCAACACCGAUGCAUCAAUUUUGAUCCCGAAGCUUCAGUCCGGAGAGCUUACAGCUGUCAAAGUGGUCACUGCAUUUUGCAAACGAGCUGCCGUGUUACAGCAAUUAACCAAAUGUUGCACUGAACUCAUGUUUGGAGAUGCUCUGGAGACGGCAGAAAGACUAGAUGAGGAGUUUGCGAAGACUGGAAAGACAGCUGGUCCACUCCACGGUCUGCCGAUCUCGCUCAAGGAUUGCUGCGAGGUUGAGGGUUAUGAUGCUUGUGUUGGCUGGGCAGGCUUGUGCUUUAAGCCUGUUGAGCAGCACAGUGUUUCCACUAUUGCGCAGGCUGUGAGGCUUGGAGCUGUGUUGUAUGUCAAGACCAACGUUCCGCAGAGUAUGAUGAUGUCGGAUAGUUAUAACCAUGUCUUUGGACAGAGCGUCAACUCUUUGCACUCUGGACUUGUAUCCGGUGGCUCGUCAGGUGGUGAGGGCGCUUUGGUGGGUGGGAAAGGUUCAGUCAUUGGCAUCGGUACUGAUAUCGGUGGUUCAAUCCGCAUUCCAGCUGUUCUGCAAGGCAUCUAUGGUCUUUGCCCUUCGGCUUACAGAGUUUCAUGGCGCAGAGCAGCUAACCACCAGGAGUAUCUGAUUCCUUCUGUCGCCGGACCUUUGACCUGGUCUCUAGAGUCACUCAAGACAUACAUGGAAGCCUACUGCUCGAGCGACCCGUGGCAAAUCGACCCCAGCAUCCCCCCAAUCCCCUGGCGGACAGAGCUUACCAGACUUCCUGCUGGCAAAAAGCUCAGACUCGGCUUCAUCCAUGACGAUGGCUAUGUGCUUCCUCAACCCCCUAUCCAGCGCGCAAUGCAACGAGUCCGCCAACUCUUCGCCGAUGCAGGCCACGAGUGUAUCGACUGGGACGCUGCUUCACAGUCAACAUCCUACUACGAUCUCUGGGAACCCGCUAUACUGGCUGAUGGAGGCGAAGGCUGCGCAGCCGCCGGAAACCUCUCAGAUCCUCCACAACCGCUCAUCGAAGGUAUGCUAGUAGGAAAACCCGAAGAUAAACUCGAUAUUCCACAAAGACAAGCGCUGGCUCGCAAUAUACUAGAGUACAAACAAAUGUAUGCUGAAAAAAUGCUCGAGUCAGGUGUCGACGCUAUCAUUGCACCUGUGUUGCCUUGGGUGGGCUAUAAGCCUAAGCAGUGGGUCGUCAGCAAUCAGUAUGUGGGCUACAGUGCUCAUUGGAAUCUGCUCGACUAUUCUGCAUUGGCAGUGCCGACUGGAGUGGUUGCAGACAGGGAGUUGGAUAGUGUUGAAGCUUGUGCUGGAUGGCAGGACUACACGCCAAAGAACAAAAGCGAUGAAUUCAAUCACGCGCAAUAUGAUAUUGACUUGGUGGAAGGCAUGCCAGUGGGUGUUCAACUAGUCACUGGACACUAUGGCGAGGAGAAAGCAAUCAUGAUCGCGGGAGUUUUGGACAAGUUGCGCAAGAGUUCUUCGAAUUGA